GAACGAACUUCUUGGAGGAUUUAGACGUCUGGCCAUCAACCGUGAUUUUCCCACCACCAACCAACAUCGCCUCUCACUUUUUCUUUGUUGCAACCCUCGCUCUUUGGUACUACUGUAGUACCGUAUCUCCUUCAGCACUCACUCUGCAAGCUACUAGCACAAGCUCAGCUAUCACAAAUCAAGUAACUGAGAGCAUCAAAAGCCACAAGAAAACAUCAACCAUGCCCAAGUCCAAGCGUACCAGAGUCGUCCACUUGACGGAAACCAGCAAACGGUCUACCCGCGAGCACAAGACGAAAUACAUUGACGAAGUUCGUACGGCGGUGGAUAAGCAUGAUACCCUCUAUCUCUUUUCCUUUGAGAAUAUGAGAUCCAACAAAUUCAAACAAGUCCGCAUGCAGUUUCGCGCCAACGACAUGGACGAGGCUCCCUCUCGCAUUUUCUUGGGCAAGAACAAAUUGCUCCAAGUGGCGUUGGGGCGAACGCCCGAGGACGAAUACAGUGACAAUCUACGACAAGUCAGUAAGCGGAUUACCGGUGGAUCGGUCGGAUUGUUGUUUACUUGUCGAUCUCCCGCGGAAGUGGAAGACUAUUUUGCCAAUUUGUGCGAACCCGAUUUUGCCCGUGCGGGGUUUGUGGCGCCUCGUGCGGUCACCAUUCAAUUGAAACAAUUGGCGCAUUUCCCAGUCAGUAUGGUGGAACAAUUCCGCACGUUGGGUCUGCCCACCAAGGUGGAUAAUGGCACGAUUAUCUUGAUGGAUGGGAAACAGGAACAUCGAAUCUGUAAAGAGGGUGAAACACUCAGUGCGGAGCAGUGCAAGUUAUUGACACAGUUUGAUCAGAAAAUUGCCGAAUUCAAAGUCAAAUUGGAAUGCCGAUGGACUCGUAGUUCGGGACAGUUUGAUCAUCUUUAAAAACGAAAGAAACGACAAACAACAACGUACGGUACUGGCUGGCAGUGGAGAUGAGCACUGGUGGAAGGUGCUUUUACCCUACGGAGAACGUGCGAGAGGAAUC